AUGGCUUCAACACCCACACCUACAUCACCCAAAUCACCUCCAGCUACACAACAGGCAUUUCAACCUAUACGCCCAUCACCAUUAUCCACACCCUUACCAGUCAAGAGCCAUCCGCGAAGAUCAUCAGCAGCUGCAUCCGAAGCAGCAUCCAUAGCAAGCAAGCUUACCGGUGGAUAUCCAGGAUUCAAAGGCUUGAAUGAGAAAGGAAAAGGAAGAAUACUGGGAUUGCAAGACAAGUUGAAGUAUGAAGUCGACGGCGUGGUCAAGCGUCGUUCAGGUGGUGUGUUAGGAAGAGGAUACAUACUCAAGACAGAUCAUUAUCCUACCGGAAGAGCGAUGGAUCUCGAAUUAACAAUUCAAGGUGCACCCAAUUUCAGAGCACCGGAUGAAGAAAGCUUGAAUGUCUUUGGGGUCGCUCAACCUACUUCAGCAGGGUUGAAAUCCAUUCUAACUCUUCUAGCUUGUCAACCUAAUCGACCAGUCCGAAAGUUAGGCUCGAGAAGAGCCUCUGUACCAGCUAGCAGUCAACCAACACCGGCACCAGGCGAGCAAGCUAAUGGAACAAGCUCACAAGUAUCUGCAAGGACCGUCUCCCUGUCAAUGGUAAGAAGCAAUGAUUCGGAUGAAGGUGUACAAGAAGGGAAAGCUAUCUGGUUCAGUACGAGGGAAGAGACUCUCGUCUAUUGCAACGGUCGACCUUACGUAUUGAGAGACGCUUCAACCCCAUAUCAAACCCUCGCACUAUCCGAUAGAGCAGAUAAUCUCGAAGAUAUCGAAAGAAGACUUAAACUUGACAUUCUGGACGAAGCAAGGAAGUAUGGUGGAAUGAUUUUGACACACGAAGAAAUAACCGGAGGGAUUAUAAUUCCUACCUGGGUGAGCGUAGAUGAAGAAUCGCUUAGGACUCCAAAAGAAGUAUGGGAAGAUAUGAAAAAUCAAGGAUAUAGAGUGGAUUACUAUAGAAUACCAAUCGCUCCUGAUACUCCUAUCGAGCACAAUUACCUUGAUGCAUAUGUGUCUGUGCUCAAGAAUGUCGAUCCUCUGACAACGGCUCUGGUAUUUAAUUGUGGUAUGGGAGUAGUCAGAACAACAUUUGCGAUGUGUGCCGCUAUGCUCAUCCGAAGAAAGCAGCUCUUACUGCAAGAGUUAGAUGAUCCUUUCUCCUCAGCUACUGCUUCAGGUAUGGCAACCCCCUCGCAAAUGCCACAAGCAGCUCAAUUCUUGGAACAAGCAAAUUUACAGCAAUCAUUAAACAAGAGUCUUCUCAAGGUGACUCGGGUGUUGGACAGAAAUCUUCCCUCCAAACACCCGUCAACUGCCAUUGAUCUCCUGACUUCUCAGCCUACCCUACUUGAACAGCUGAGAAAAGCUCAUAUGGGUAGUUACCAAAUCGUAUUGUCCUUGUUGUCCAGCUUAGACCAUGGCAAGCAGAUGAAGAGGCUAGUAGACGCGGUCAUUGAUGCAUGCGAUGCUGUCAUCAACCUUCGAGAGAACGUUAUCGAGCAUCGUAUCAAAUAUAGUGUAUCAUCCAUGGAUGAUAAGAAUAAACAAGUCUACUUGGAGAAAGCAUUACGAUCUCUUGAACAAUAUUUCGAUUUGAUCGUGUUUGCCUCAUAUGUCGAUGAAGAGGAUGCUGGAACUACAGGUGUCACUUUCUCAUCUUGGUUGAAGAACCGUCCGGAAAUCUGGAACCAAAUCAAAAUCAUGCGCCGAAGUGGUGGUAAUCGAUUAUUUGCCUUCGCACCAGUCAACGAUCUGAGUCUUAUCUCGCGAUCAUCUGAGCUUGCCGAGAAAGGUUCAAGUGCAAGAUUGGACCUAGAGAUGGCAGGUGCAAAGGUCCUAGGUGAUGAGUGGGCAGAGCAUGUUGUGACAAAUAGAGCGGGAAUCAUGCUUCGUGCUUCCACUCUUCUUAAAUCCGAUCUAUGGGUGUCUAGAUCCGCUUCUUCCGCCGAAGGCGUACGUGGUGCCAUUGGAUUCAGGCAAAUCAAAGGAAGUACCAUAUACGCCACCGGUCAACCAACUCAAGAUGCCAUUUCCACGAUAUUGCAGACGGUCCACCAAAAGUCGCCCAAUAUUCAUAAUGUGAUCUGGGUUUGUCUUCGAGAAGAACCUCUGGUCAUGAUCAACGGAUCUCCAUACUGUCUAAGACGUGACAGCACUGCUCUUCGAAAUAUGCGAGACUACUCCGGUGUCUCGUCAUCUCGUCUUGAGGUCCUCGAACAGCGACUGAAGAGCGAUGUCGUUGCCGAAAUCGAUCAAUUCCAAGGACGGGUAUUACUUCAUACCGAAACGGCGGACGGAGAAGUGGUUCCAGUCUGGGAAAGCGUGGAUGCGUGCGAUGUCGCUUCCAUCAGAGAGGUCAUGGACGACGUGGCUUCCACCUCGAAGGACGUGCAUCUGCAGUUCGUCAGAAUACCUAUAACAUCGGAAUCGUCACCUGACUUCCAUGAUAUAACCGAGAUACUUGAUUUGUGCAUGCGCACCGACCUGACGAAGUCAGCCGUGAUCUUGAACGAUCAACUUGGUAGAGGAAGAAGCUCUACAACAGCUGUUAUCGUCCUCCUUAUUCAACAAUGGUUGAAAUCUGGUAGAACUCGAGGCUCAAAUUCUUAUUCGCUUACACCCAAUACGCCCUCAAGGAGCAGACCCCCUAUGCUGAAAAAGUCCACGUUGAACAGUCCUAGAACAAGUUGGCAGGUGAUCAACUCCUGCUUGAGAGUUAUCAGACAUGGUUUAGAUGUAAAACAGGCCGUGGAUGAAGCGAUCGACGCCACUGCUACUCAGUUCAACCUGAGAGAAGCUAUCGAGGAUACUCGUCAAAAAGCUCAAGAAGCCAAAGACCCCCGAACAAAGCAAAAACUCACCGAGAAAGGUCUGCACCACCUCAAGCGAUAUUUCCAUUUGAUCCUUUUCCAGGCGUACUUGGACGACAGGGCGCCAGAUGAAGAGAAUCCAUAUUCGUUCGAGUCGUUUAUCAGACACAGGCCAGUGUUCAAGACCCUCGAACACGAUAUGCAAGAAGGUGGACUACAGAGUCUGGCUCCUAUUGAGAAGAUGGACCCUGCAGAUGGAAUGGCCCUACCUGAUGAAGUGACACAAGUGGUAGCUAACAGAUCAGGAGCAAUUUUGUCUGCACAAACGAUUCUCAAAUCUGAUUUCUUCUCAGGACUGCAGAAGCAGAGUCUACCGGAACGAGUGGAUGGUGCAGCGAAUUAUCGAAGAUUACCUCUGUCUUUGGAGAGCGCUAUGCGAGAAGAGCAGGCCGAAGACGCAAAUAACGAGAAUCAUCAUUACGUUUAUGGAACUGGGAUGCCAUCUUCUGCAGGUCUUCGCAACGCUUUAGAAAAGAUGGAUGCGGGUCCCAGCGGCAAGAGAAAAGUCACCUGGACAUCGCUACGAGAGGAACCUGUACUUUAUGUCAAGUCCCGUCCUCACGUCUUACGAUUGAUCGAUAAACCAGUCACCAACAUAGAGACGACGGGUGUGACAGCCGCUGUGGUUGAGCGUAUGGAAGUUGCCCUCAAACGAGAUGUGAUACGCGAACUUCGACAGGGUAAAGGCCGUUUAUUAUUGCACGAUGAAGUCGAGACUAAACCUGGAGUGUACGACAUCAUACCUAUAUGGGAAACGUUAGAGGAGAAUGAGGUGAUGACGCCGAAGGAGCUGUAUGAAAGUGUAACGCAAGAAGGGUACAAGGUGGAUUAUGUCAGGGUGGCUAUCACCGAUGAACAAGCGCCCUUGCCAGUGACUUUCCAGGUACUCGUCGAUAGGAUAGCAGAGGGCCUACAGAAAGGAACGGACUUUGUCUUCAAUUGCCAGAUGGGUCGAGGUCGAACCACCACAGGAAUGACGGUAGCUUGUCUUAUAGCUUCUAUUGCCUCAGACGAUCAGGCUUUGAAGUUGGACUUCUCGGACGAUGAAUCUGAUCACGGAGAACCUAUUCAUGAGACUACUCAAUACUUGAAUGGGGAAUACAAGACUAUCUUGCAACUGGUGACUGUCAUGUCACAUGGUAAAGAGGCUAAGAAGAUCACGGACCAUGCAAUCAACCUCAUGGAAGGUGUACAAAACUUGCGAAAAGCAGUAUACGACUUCAAGCUCCAGGUAGACGCUGCCGAACCCGGGUCAGCUAAGUACAAAUCGCAAUUCACGAGAGCUAUAAAUUACUUAUACAGAUACGGAGCGUUGAUUGUAUUGGCGAACUUCUUACUGGAGACUAAGGAAAAGGGUAUACCGUUGAAGGAAACUGAUUUCCCAGCUUGGUUUGACCAACAUAGGGAGAUUAGAUCGAUCUUAAGUAGGAAGGGGCUGGACUGA